CUUAAAAUGGUUUAAAAGGAGAAUGCAGAAGAAACUAGUUUUGAAAGGACCCACAUCUCAGAUUGUUAACCAAAAUAAUUUGGAUCGGUUGGAAUGUUGUUAUGCAAUUAACCAAUUAUUAAUUUGGAACGUGACCGAGUAUUCUAUUUCCACCUCGUACAGAGAUUCAUAUUUGCAUUUGAGCCGUUUUCUUGUUAUGAUAUUUUAUAUUUUAUUUUUUAUUUUUAUGCGCAAUUGCCAAAACAGUAAUCAACUUAACAGAGCGAUUUGUCUCUUUUCGAAUUUUUAUUUUCUCAUUAUCAAAAUGUUUCUUUAAAUAUAUAUUUUUUUUUUGCUUUUUUUUGACUAGAUCUCAAUUUGACCGUAAUGCCAUUUCAAUAUUGUCUUACCUUUUCUAAAUAAUGCCUCUAAUGGGGGGAUAUCAGUCCUCACGACAAAAAUUCGUAUGGUAGUUCUAAUUAAGAAUUAUUUACGCUAUUAAGAAUAACGGUUAGUAAUACACAUUUUUAUUUACAUGCAUUUAAGAAAAGCAUGUGAGAAAUGUGUAGAAGAAAAGAGGAAAUUUACCACAAAAAAAAGAGAAGUCUCCUGAAAAAUCAAAACAAUUGAAAUUCAGUAGACAGCAUGAUAGAUACAGAUAGCACUAUACCUGACAUUUACUGGAACCUGCAUGGGCAUCUACAGAAUGACAGCUAUCAUCGGGACACCAUCGUUAUUGCUUCUUGCAGCUGUUUGCGGUUAAACAAGUGGUUUCGGGUGGGCAUAACAAGCAUUUACACUUCACUCAAAUCAAAUCUGAAAUCUGCUCGUUGUAUGGCAAUAAACAAGACAGGUGUGUGUCCACACAUAGUACAUGUAAUAAUUAGCAAUCCAUGCGGAAUUUGAAAUUUAGAACAACAAAAAUGCGUGGUAUAUUAAACCAUGGAAAACGCCCAAUUGAGAGGAAACUCAGCUACAACGUCUGAUAUAGAUUAACAGAAACAAUUACUACAAUUUCUAAAGUAAAACCAGAACUCUGAAAUAUUUAAACCAAAUAACUUCGAAGGGUUGAAAAUAUUAUGAAACAGAAUAUAAAAGUUAUGAGAAAAACUCCUUAGUUUCCACAUGCAACACUGCGUUUUGUUUGGGCACAAUAGCUCGUCGCAUAGCAACCGAUGUUUUUACCUUAUAUUACACAGUACAUAAACAACGUUCCCAGAAAAACAAUGAAUCAACGAGGUAACAGGACGUUUUAAGACUUUUCUGCAGCUAAAUCGAAAUGUCCAACACAAUUUGAAGAGAAAGCGCCUACUAUAUUCAGGGACUCUACCACAUUAAUGGGCGCAUCAUGUUUUAAGUUUUGCAACUGCUGCCAAAGAAACAGAAAUACCGUCGGCACACUUCCCGAAAAGCACGUAAAGCUUUUGUUACUCGGAUCUAUGGCCAGUGGCAAGACUGAAGUCGGCCACUUGUUGAGCCGUCAACACCGGCAAAGUUACGAGCCCACAAAUGGAGUACAAUAUUUUCGGAUGGAGUUUCUCGAACGGCAAGUGUCCGUCACCGAGGUGGGCGGUAGCACCGAAAUGCAAAAGAUAUGGCAUCAUUACUUCCUAACGACAAUGGGGAUCAUAUACUGCUUCGACAUGUCGGCCACAUACGAAGAAUUACGAAAUUUCUUCGACUGCUUUCAACGCAUACUAAUGCAUCCCCACGUACGAGGGAAACCUGUUUUAUUAUUAGCCACAAAAGCCGAUCUGGCCGACGAAGGAGUCCAGCUGUACGAUAUUGAGAACACCUUUCAAUUAGAGGCACUUGCGAAAUAUUACCUCAGCAGCGCUCGCGUGUGUUACAUGGGCAAGAACAUAGAACUAAACAGUAUGUGGGACGGUGUGGCGUGGUUGGUUAAACACAUUACAGACAAUAUGGACUUAUUGCAGGCACGACUUAGAGCGGACGCUAAUAUGAAGAUUUGGCAGGAACAACUCAAUCGCUUGAUGAGCGAAGGCCGAAUCAAGCGAGGGCGUUAUCGACAAUUUCAGUAUCACCUGAAAAACACGGCGCGCAGAAAAAUAUGGUACCGCUCCUUCGCGCAUUUUCGAGCCAAACGGAUACGACCACACACAGCUCCAGCAACUAUAAACCCGGCUGUGUUCAACCAACUGACGAUAACAGAAGAAUUAGCAGCAAAGUCGCUUGAGGAAGUCGAAACAAGUGAUGUGCCAAAUCUAAGUGAGCAAAAAGUGGCGGAAGUUUGAGUCUAAAUGAGCGCCAUUUGCCACUGAUGUAUAUGAAAAGCACCUUAUGCCAAUACUUAUUAAAAUUCCAA